AUAGCUUUAUUCUGCAGAUAUAUCAAUGCUAUGUGAAUGAUAGAAUGGUGUACAUCUCAUCUAUGGAGACUGUAUAAAAUUUUCCAUUUCUAUCAGGACGUUUCAGGAUUUUGAAGUCACUUAAGCACUUGCCAAGGCUUAAAGACAUUGUUGGACACUGAUAUCCUAUCUCCUAAAAUGUGAUAGUCACAUCCUUCCUGCUAAGCUUAUUUUGUGAAGGUUAAUAGUCAAGAUGGUACAUGCUGAAGCCUUUUCUCGUCCAUUGAGUCGGAACGAAGUUGUUGGUUUAAUUUUCCGUUUAACAAUAUUUGGUGCAGUAACAUACUUCACUAUCAAAUGGAUGGUAGAUGCGAUUGACCCAACCAGAAAGCAGAAAGUAGAAGCUCAGAAACAGGCAGAAAAACUGAUGAAGCAAAUUGGUGUGAAAAAUGUGAAGCUUUCAGAAUAUGAAAUGAGUAUUGCUGCUCAUUUAGUAGACCCUCUUAAUAUGCAUGUUACAUGGAGUGAUAUAGCAGGUUUAGAUGAUGUCAUUACAGAUCUGAAGGACACAGUCAUCUUACCUAUCAAAAAGAAGCAUUUGUUUGAGAAUUCCAGGCUUCUGCAGCCUCCAAAAGGUGUUCUUCUGUACGGACCUCCAGGCUGUGGGAAAACGUUAAUUGCCAAAGCUACAGCCAAAGAAGCAGGCUGUCGAUUUAUUAACCUUCAGCCUUCGACACUGACUGAUAAGUGGUAUGGAGAAUCUCAGAAACUGGCUGCUGCUGUUUUCUCCCUUGCCAUAAAGCUGCAACCUUCCAUCAUAUUUAUAGAUGAAAUAGACUCCUUUCUACGAAACCGUUCAAGUUCUGACCAUGAAGCUACAGCCAUGAUGAAAGCUCAGUUUAUGAGCCUCUGGGAUGGACUGGAUACUGAUCACAGCUGCCAGGUCAUAGUGAUGGGAGCUACCAAUCGCCCUCAAGACCUUGACUCGGCUAUAAUGAGAAGAAUGCCUACAAGGUUUCAUAUCAACCAGCCUGCUCUAAAACAAAGAGAAGCAAUCUUGAAACUCAUCCUGAAAAAUGAAAAUGUGGAUAGACAUGUAGAUCUUCUAGAAGUUGCCCAGGAAACUGAUGGGUUUUCAGGAAGUGACCUAAAAGAAAUGUGUCGAGAUGCCGCCCUCCUCUGCGUCAGGGAGUAUGUCAAUUCUACAUCAGAGGAAAGUCAUGAUGAAGAUGAAAUCCGGCCUGUGCAGCAGCAGGACCUGCAUCGGGCAAUUGAAAAGAUGAAGAAAUCAAAGGAUGCAGCGUUUCAGAAUGUUUUGACUCAUGUUUGUUUAGAUUAGAAGUAAAGAUCAUUUGUAUGGUUCAGUGA